AUGGAGUCUGAGCAGCUGUUUCAUAGAGGCUACUAUCGAAACAGUUACAACAGUAUAACCAGUGCAAGCAGCGAUGAGGAGCUUUUAGAUGGAGCAGGUGUAAUUAUGGACUUCCAGACCUCUGAAGAUGACAAUCUCUUGGAUGGUGAUGCAUCAAUUGGAAGUCAUUAUACAAUGACAAAUGGAGGAAGUAUCAACAGUUCAACACAUUUACUGGAUCUUCUGGAUGAACCAAUUCCUGGAGUAGGAACAUACGAUGACUUCCAUACCAUUGACUGGGUUCGAGAGAAGUGCAAAGACAGAGAAAGGCACAGACGGAUUAACAGCAAGAAGAAAGAAUCAGCAUGGGAGAUGACAAAAAGUUUGUAUGAUGCGUGGUCAGGAUGGCUAGUAGUCACACUGACUGGUUUGGCAUCAGGGGCAUUGGCAGGAUUAAUUGACAUUGCUGCUGACUGGAUGACUGACUUAAAGGAAGGCAUUUGCCUUAGUGCUUUGUGGUUUAACCAUGAGCAGUGUUGCUGGGGUUCAAAUGAGACAACAUUUGAGGAGAGGGAUAAAUGUCCACAGUGGAAAACAUGGGCAGAACUAAUAAUUGGACAAGCAGAAGGUCCAGGUUCAUACAUAAUGAACUACAUAAUGUACAUUUUCUGGGCUUUGAGCUUUGCCUUCUUAGCAGUUUCUCUGGUGAAGGUAUUUGCUCCCUAUGCCUGUGGCUCAGGGAUACCUGAGAUAAAAACUAUUUUGAGUGGCUUCAUCAUAAGAGGUUACUUGGGGAAGUGGACUUUGAUGAUAAAAACAAUUACUUUAGUCUUGGCUGUCGCAUCAGGUUUGAGUUUAGGAAAAGAAGGUCCCUUGGUACAUGUUGCCUGCUGCUGUGGGAAUAUUUUUUCCUACCUCUUCCCAAAGUACAGCACAAAUGAAGCUAAAAAAAGAGAGGUGUUGUCAGCUGCCUCAGCAGCAGGGGUAUCUGUAGCCUUUGGUGCCCCCAUUGGUGGAGUCCUUUUCAGUCUGGAGGAGGUCAGUUACUAUUUCCCACUGAAAACAUUAUGGAGAUCGUUUUUUGCUGCUUUAGUAGCUGCAUUUGUUUUAAGGUCCAUCAAUCCUUUUGGAAAUAGCCGCCUAGUUCUUUUUUAUGUGGAAUACCACACUCCUUGGUACCUUUUUGAACUUCUUCCUUUCAUUCUUCUGGGAGUAUUUGGUGGGCUCUGGGGAGCAUUUUUCAUCCGAGCAAACAUUGCAUGGUGUCGUCGACGCAAAUCUACAAAAUUUGGGAAGUACCCUGUCCUGGAGGUUAUUAUUGUUGCAGCAAUAACAGCUGUCAUUGCCUUCCCUAAUCCAUACACAAGGCUAAACACUAGUGAGCUUAUCAAAGAGCUCUUCACAGACUGUGGGCCAUUAGAAUCCUCCUCCCUCUGUGACUACAGAAAUGAUAUGAAUGCAAGCAAAAUAGUAGAUGAUAUUCCUGAUCGUCCAGCAGGCACUGGAGUCUAUUCAGCUAUAUGGCAAUUGUGUUUAGCACUCAUAUUUAAAAUAAUCAUGACAGUCUUCACCUUUGGUAUCAAGGUUCCAUCUGGGCUGUUCAUACCUAGUAUGGCAAUUGGAGCAAUAGCUGGAAGGAUUGUUGGAAUUGCUGUGGAGCAGCUGGCUUACUACCAUCAUGACUGGUUCAUUUUCAAGGAGUGGUGUGAAGUUGGAGCUGACUGUAUUACACCUGGUCUUUAUGCCAUGGUUGGAGCUGCUGCAUGCUUAGGUGGUGUGACAAGAAUGACCGUGUCCCUUGUAGUUAUUGUCUUUGAGCUAACAGGAGGGCUGGAAUAUAUUGUUCCCCUAAUGGCUGCAGUCAUGACCAGUAAGUGGGUAGGAGAUGCCUUUGGUAGGGAAGGCAUCUAUGAGGCACACAUCCGACUGAAUGGAUAUCCUUUCUUGGAUGCAAAGGAAGAAUUUACCCACACAACCCUGGCUGCUGAUGUUAUGAGACCUCGAAGAAGUGACCCACCGUUAGCGGUUCUGACACAGGAUAAUAUGACAGUCGAAGACAUAGAAAACUUAAUCAACGACACCAGCUAUAAUGGUUUUCCAGUUAUUAUGUCAAAAGAAUCACAGAGACUGGUGGGCUUUGCUCUAAGAAGAGAUCUAACUAUUGCAAUAGAAAGUGCUAGAAAGAAGCAGGAAGGGAUUGUUGGCAGUUCCAGGGUCUGUUUUGCCCAGCAUACCCCAUCACUUCCAGCAGAAAGCCCUCGACCACUGAAGCUUAGAAGCAUACUUGAUAUGAGCCCUUUCACCGUGACAGACCACACACCAAUGGAAAUAGUGGUGGAUAUUUUCCGGAAGCUAGGUCUGAGGCAGUGCCUUGUCACACACAAUGGGAUUGUCUUGGGGAUCAUCACAAAGAAGAACAUAUUAGAGCAUCUCGAGCAACUAAAGCAGCACGUCGAACCCUUGGCGCCUCCUUGGCAUUAUAACAAAAAAAGAUAUCCUCCGUCAUAUGGCCCAGACGGCAAACCAAGACCCCGCCUCAAUAAUGUUCAACUGAAACCCAUAGCUGAGGAGAGAGAGGAAACAGAAGAGGAGGUUCAUUUGUUGAAUAGCACAACACUUUAG